ACGACAGUUUUUUCACUGUACGUAAAACAUGGCACCCUCCAGAUGAGCUCUCGUCUGUUACAUUUCCAGAGCUGCUCUUUUUCACUCGACCGUUAUUUUACCGCCGCCAUCUCUCUGUCACGACACGCCUGAGUUUGUGAAGAAUUGUUGCUAUGGCGUCGAAUGUAGGCAUCGAGUUCCUGGAGAAGGUCAGCCGGCUGCUGAGCCGACAGAACAAGAAGCCGGUUCUAAAACCCAACAGGCCUCUGGUCCUGAAAGAUGCCGUAGCCAAUCGCAAACUCCAGAAAGGAGAGGCUUCAUGUAUCACAGAGAUGUCCGUCCUCAUGGCCUGUUGGAAACAAAACAACUUUGUCGACGGACUGUGCACCAACGAAAUUAACACUUUUUACUCGUGUGUUAAAAAGGCACAGACUGCUGCCAAGAACAACAGUGCAGAGAACAUGGGUGAAGAAGGACGUCUCCACCCACAACACGCCACCACCCUCCUCAGGAGACACCCCAACAUUCGCACUGAAAUCUAGGCAGCAGGUCUGACAUCCAUCUGUGGACUUUUUCUGACCAUUAGAAUAAAUAAAUAUAAAAGUCCAA